AUGGCAGAGGGUAACAACAACAACCAGCAGAGGGCUUUGAGGGAUUACUUCAGAAUAGAAACCGAGUUGGCACAGAAGUUUCUAACCAAGUUCUUCCCUCCGUCAAAGACCGCUCAUUUAAGGAGCGAGAUUGUGCAAUUCAGACAGAUCGACUUUGAGCCUCUCUAUGAGGCCUGGGAGCGUUUCAAGGAGUUGCUUAGAAAAUGCCCGCAGCAUGGAUACGAGGACUGGUUCCAAAUUCAGAUAUUCUACAAUGGUCGGAAUGGACAAACUAGGACAAUUAUAGAUGCGGCAUCAGGAGGGAUGAUGUUGUCCAAGACCUAUGAGGAGGCCGAAUUAUUAUUGGAGGAGAUGGCCUCCAACAAUGCUCAAUGGCCAAGUGAGCGGUCAAGUGUGAAGAGGGCUGUAGGAAUGCAUGAGAUUGAUCUGUUGGUCACUUUUUCAGCACAAAUAUCAGCUUUGACCAACAAGAUCUCAGAGUUAACCGCAAAGGAAGCCACAUCGAGUAAGGAGACGGCUAUGGUUGCAAGUACAUCUUACAUAGGUGAAGGUGGUGCUGCAGAACAAGUGCAACAUAUGAACAGCAGGAAUUUCAACUACCGAAGCAAUAACAUGCCGAGCAACCUGCCUUCUCAGUACCACCCAGGUCUCCAGAACCACGAGAACUUUUCUUAUGGAAACAACAAGAAUGUAUUGCAACCUCCUCCAGGGUAUAGUCAGCCAUUAUCUCAGAGCAAGCCGUCGAUAGAUGACCUGUUGAGCACGUUCAUUGUAGAAACCAGGGGGCGGUUCAACAAAGAUGAGGCUAGACUUGAUAAUAUCGAGACUCAUUGCACAAACAUGAGUGCUACUGUGAAGACUAUGGAGACACAGAUUCGCCAACUCGCCGACUCAAUGAAGAGCCUAUCAUCCGGGAAGUUUCCUAGUGACACUGUGAAAAACCCCAAGGAGUAA